CAUAAGAAAUGUUUUUUUAAACUUAAAAUAACAACAGCUGAACGCAAACAGAGCAUAAUGAAUGCAUUAAAUGCCUUUGGAAUGGCCAUUGGUUGGAUGGAUAUUGUGGGAGUGCUGUUUUUCGAACUAAUAAUGUUCUAUAUGAUGAGGCGUCGUCGUUUGGCAAGGGAAUCGGAAGACGAGUCGGUUGAGGCGCAAAUAGAAAGUCAGAGGAAACCAUUGCCCAACCUCUUCAGCAAAAAACAGCUGAGUGAAACCGAAAACGUUUGGUUAUUCUGGGGCUACCUGUUGAUGCUGAAUGUCUGGGUUGCAGUUACACUGUUCAUGAUAGCCGGCAUCUCAUUGCACAAGCCGGAGCUUAUGAUAUUUUGGUUGAUUUGGUGCGCUUGCGGUUUGGUCUUCGAUGUCCUCUUCAUUUUGUGGUGGGUCUACGAGCUUUUUGUGGGAGACGCCAUUGAGGCACUGACCAACAUUUUGAUCUCCCUGCUGACCAUGGCAAUUGAGUUUGGGUUCAUCUACGUUAUUUACACCAUCUACAUGAACUUGUCCGACCCCAAGAAAGAAAUUGAUCACAAAGGUAAAGAUAGAUUUUCUGGAUUUUCCCUUAUGAUGAUUUCAGAUUCGAGGCGAUACAUUUAA